GAUUAUGGAGGGAGGGGAAGUCAGAGAGGAAGAAAAUAAACAGUAACCACCUUUACCAGCCUAUGCAAGCCCUCUCACGGAGCUGAGGUUCCCUCCCACCAACCAGGCGAGCUCCGCCCUCACGCCCCGCAUGCGCAGGGGGAUCAGGUGACCGCGGGCCGGCGCAGUCACGUGGCUGGGGCGCGCCCGCCCGUUGUGGCCAUGGCGGCCGCAGGUUCCAGUGUGGUGAGGCGAGUGGAAGAGCUCGGGGACCUGGCUCAGGCCCACAUACAGCAGCUUAGUGAAGCCGCCGGCGAAGACGAUCACUUUUUAAUUCGGGCCUCUGCAGCUCUAGAAAAAUUGAAACUUCUGUGUGGUGAAGACAAAGAAUGUUCAAAUCCAUCAAAUCUUCUAGAACUUUACACACAGGCUAUUUUGGACAUGACAUAUUUUGAGGAGAACAAACUAGUAGAUGAAGAUUUUCCUGAAGACUCUUCACAGAAAGUAAAAGAGCUGAUCAGUUUUCUUUCAGAACCAGAAAUUUUAGUUAAAGAAAAUAAUAUGCAUCCAAAACCCUGCGAUUUGCUUGGGGAUGAACUCCUGGAAUGUCUCUCUUGGAGACGGGGAGCCCUACUUUAUAUGUAUUGUCAUUCUCUGACCAAAAGAAGAGAGUGGCUCACAAGAAAAUCCAGUUUGCUUAAAAAGUACCUUAUUGAUGGAAUCAGUUACUUGCUACAGAUGCUAAAUUAUCGGUGUCCUCUCCAGUUAAAUGAAGGAGUUUCUUUCCAAGACUUAGACACAGCUAAAUUACUGAGUGAAGGAAUAUUUAGUGACAUUCAUUUGCUGGCUAUGAUGUACAGUGGAGAAAUGUGUUACUGGGGAUUGAAGCAUUGUGCAGAUCAACAGCCAGAAAAUCACGAAGUGGAUUCUGGUGUUUCUGGAGCAAGCUACAUGACACGAAAAGAACCCUUGGAUUUUCGAGAAGUAGGAGAAAAAAUUUUGAAAAAGUAUGUAUCUGUGUGUGAAGGACCCCUGAAAGAACAAGAAUGGAAUACAACAAAUGCAAAACAAAUAUUAAACUUCUUUCAGCAUCACACUAACCAGUAAGUUCAUCUAUUCCUUUUCAAACAGGAAAACAAAACAACCCAUGAAAUGGAAAAGUUCCAGAAAAGAAGACAUAUUGACUCUGUGUUUAAGAAUGUUACACUACAUAAAGAUAUCCAGCGUGGUUACCUAUUUUUAAAUGCCAUCUUUCAUUAUAUAUUUUUAAAUCUAUGAAGGAACAAUUCUUAAUUUCUAAGAUGGCAUGUAUGUUAUUCUAACUCAGCCUGAACUGCAGAUAUUCUAUAACUAAUACUAAGUAGAACUCAAGUUUAGCUUUACAAGUUUUUUUUUUAUUAUUAGUUUUUUUUAUUGUGACAUAAAAUUGACCAUUUUAAAUAUCUUUAGAUUAUUUUUAAAUCUGUCUUGGAAGUUUGCUGUGCUUUAGAGAUUAAAAUCAAGUCCCCUCAUUGCUUUAGAUUUAUGCUAAGGAUAUAAAAAUUGGCAAAAUAAAAAAUUAUGACUAGUUUUUAGACUCCAUUUCCAGAAUAAGAUGAAUAAUUAAAGAUGCCACAAAAGAAA